GCUGAAAGACUCUAGCGAACAUCACCCUGCAGCUGAGCCCAGGCACCCAGCCCAGGCAUGGCGGCCCAGGCGACGGCCGUCGUGGGCGUCGCCCUGCAGCUCGACGUACCGAGCCUGAACGAGCCGCUGCUCGCGUUCCUCGCGACGCGGGCGGGCAUCACCGCGCUCUGCGCCGCCAUCGUCUCGCGGCAGCAGCGCGCCUCCGCGGCGGCGCUCGCGCGGAGCGCGCGGGCCGCGCGCCUCUUGGUCGGAGACGCGGACGACGCGGCCGGCGCGGCCGGCGUCGCCAAGUGCCUCGACGACGCGCUCCAUCAACUUGCGGCGGCGCGGCUCCUCGACGCGCUCGACGCCGCGACGCCACGGGCGUUCGCGCGCCACGCGGCGUACGCGCUCGUGCGGCUCUUUCGCGGAAAGCCCGACGCCGUAUACGAAGCGGCGCUCGACGGCGACGACGGAAGCGACGGCGACGAGAGCGACGGCGGCGCGCCGCGCGCGCCGCCGCGGCUCGCGCGCCUCCUCGACGCCGCCCCCGAGGUCUUCGUGGAGCUCGCGGGGGGCGGCGUCCCGGCGGAGGCGCGGCCCGAGGACGCCCCCCCCCACCCGCCGGCUGCCCCUUCGCCCGAGGCGCGGUGGAAAUUCUGCAUCGCGCUCGCGCGCUGGCGGUGUCUCCGCAGCCUCGCGGAGCGGUGCGUCUGCGGCGGAGACGGCGCCGGCCGCGCCGCGGCGGACGCGUGCCGCCUCUUCGCCGAGUGCGUGGAAGCCGCGGCGCGCGACGUCAAGUGCGGCGAGGUGCUGCUCCGGGGCCUGCCCGGCGUCGAGGCGCCGCUCCUGGCGCUGCUCGAGGCUCCGGACGCGCCGCCCCGCGCGCGCGUCGCGGCCGCGGCCGCGCUCGCCGCGGCCUGCCGCGCGGGCGCCGCGCCGGACCGCGGCGCGCCGGGACUCGCGCUCGAGGCGCCGAAGACGACGGGCGGGAUUGACGCGGCGCGGAGCGCGUUCCUCGCGAGCGCGUCGCCGGUGAUCGCGCGGCGCGCGGCGCGCGCAUUGAUCGAGUGCGACUCGCCGCUGCUGCGCGUGCACCUCGCGACCACGCUCGCGGCGUGCGUCGCGGCGGCUCCGACGGCGGCGUUGGGCGAGAUACCCAGAGGGGCCUGGCGCGACGUCGCCGACCGCUUCGUCGCGGGCCGCGACGGCGACGUCUUCCUACGGAUCGCAUUCAAGCUGCUCGCGGCCGCGCUCGUCGCGGGCCACGCGCCGACGGACCGGACGCUGGUCGUGGACUGCGACGUCGGCGCGCGCUGCGCGGCGUCCCCGGACGAUCCGUUCCGCCUCGCGCUCUGCGACGUGCUGCGGCUGCGCUGCGCGAGCCUGCCGCGCGACGCGCCGCUGCGGCGGCUGCUCGCGGCGUCCGCGCCGUGGCGCGCGGCGCAGAAGGCCAUCAGGGCCGCGGCGCGCGCCGAGAACGCGCGGCAGCCGCGCGGGGCGCCGCAGCUGGCGGCGCCCCGCGUCGACGGCCUCUUCGGCCUCCUCGACCCCGGCGCUCCCGCGCCGGUCGGCGGGUUCGAUGGAGACGACGUCGACACGUUACUCGACGAGCGCGUCGACCUCGGCUCGCCGUACGCCGCGGCGCGCGGCUUCGGCGGCGUCGAGCCGUUCGUGCCCCCGGCGAGGGCGCGGCGACGCUCGACUCUGAGAUAGCUCCCUGGCCAUGCUGUGUGUUUAUUUUCUUGCCUGCCUGCCACGGCGGGCAAAGGGGAAUUUUAGGUCUGGUGAUUGAUUCGGGGGCCGGAGAGGUCUGUUUAAAUCUUGAAAAUGCCAUCCACCUCGGGGCCCUACGGUUCCUCGGCCUACGCGGCUCCCCCCCGCUGUCGCGGUGUAGGAGAGAGCGCAAGCCCUGGGAGACCUGAAUUUUCUCAUUUGGGAGGCUCCCUGGAUCAUGGGGGUUUCAAAAGCUUUUCAGGUUUUCUAUGGCGCCGCAAACAUCCCAGUGGGGCACACUAUUUCGUUAGACUACGACACUACGCUGCCGGGGAAGUCCAGAAUUACACACCCUAUUUCCCCCUGCAUCGCAGUCGCGGGGGGGCGGCUCCGAGUCGGGGUGGGUACCCAGUCACGGUGCGCGCGCGGCCCGCCGGGUAAUUUAGGAGAACUCGGAGUAGAAUUUUUUUACUAUACACUUCUUGAAUAAUAUGGAGCCCCGCUCAGGGCUAGCGGCUUCAGACACUAGCUCCGUUAUUACCAGUAGUAGCCAGCCUUUUAGCAACGCGCUCGUCGCACACUGACCCUGCGCGAAGACUACAGAUCCAGGAGCCACGGAUGGCGCUCGCCCAACGGCUGUGGAAGGCCAUGAGCCGCCAUUACCAAAAGAACGUCGCCGGGCGAGUAUCCCUGCCUCCCCGUAGACGCCAAGCGCUCGCGGCACGCGCCGGCUCCGACGACGACGCGUUCGAGAGCCGGCUCCUCGCGCGCGCCUCGCCGCCUCGACGCGCGCCGCCGCAGGUCCCUCUCCGAGUUCGGGCUCAAGUACGACGACAUAAGAAUUGAAAGUGAUGCGGACUACGCAAAGGCCCUCGACCGCCUGCAGCAG